UCUGUUGUAGUAAGCGUAAGUGUCGCUGUCUAUCGACCCUCUGAUCUGUGAGAAACACACAGGAAACUUGUGUAAAAACAAUCCGGCAUGAUCUACAUUUAAACGCCAAUUUUGCCAGACGAAACCGCGAUUUUUGUUUCAAAUCGGACAACGGCCGAUAACCGCUUUAGUCUGACUUCGCAUGGCAGCGAAGUCGCGUUUCCCACAGUGAAGUUAGAGGAUAGUUUCCUUGUGGAAGUGAAAAAGAGGAAGCAACUUGAGUUGUGAAGAUUGGAGCCAUUCUUCAGCUCCGGUGUUUCUCAUCCAUUGAGGUUGUGAGUUAAGAUGAGCAUUACCAGUGAUGAGGUCAACUUCCUAGUGUACAGAUAUCUACAGGAGUCAGGUUUCUCUCACUCAGCGUUCACCUUUGGCAUUGAGAGUCACAUCAGUCAGUCAAACAUCAAUGGCGCUCUGGUGCCUUCUGCUGCUCUCGUCUCCAUACUACAGAAAGGACUGCAGUAUGUGGAAGCGGAGAUUAGCAUUAUCGAGGAUGGCACGCUUUUUGACUGUCGGCCGAUAGAGUCUCUGUCGCUCAUUGACGCUGUGAUGCCGGAUACGGUCCAGUCCAGACAGCGGGCGUUCAAAGACGAUCUCGAACCGAAGCAGCAGACCAACAGCACUAACGGCACGCAUGCUCUUAAUCAUCGUGAGGAGUUGAUGGAGGUGGACGGAGAUAUCCGGAUUCCUGCUGGCAAAGCCACAGUGUUGAGAGGUCACGAGUCAGAGGUCUUUAUCUGUGCCUGGAACCCUGUCUGUGACCUCCUGGCCUCGGGUUCUGGUGACUCCACAGCUCGUAUAUGGAACCUGAAUGAGAACAGUAACAGCGGCUCGACUCAGCUGGUGCUGCGUCACUGUAUUAGAGAAGGGGGGCAGGACGUUCCUAGUAACAAAGACGUCACUUCAUUAGACUGGAACAGUGACGGGUCUCUACUAGCAACCGGAUCGUAUGACGGUUUUGCAAGAAUAUGGACUAAAGAUGGUAAUCUGAGUAGCACACUGGGACAGCACAAAGGGCCCAUAUUUGCACUCAAGUGGAAUAAGAAAGGAAACUGUAUUCUGAGCGCUGGAGUUGAUAAGACGACCAUCAUUUGGGACGCGCACACAGGUGAAGCUAAGCAGCAGUUCCCUUUUCAUUCUGCUCCGGCUCUGGACGUCGACUGGCAGAAUAACAGCACGUUUGCAUCCUGCAGUACGGACAUGUGCAUCCACGUGUGUCGCCUAGGAAGUGAGCGACCGCUCAAAACCUUCCAAGGGCACACGAAUGAAGUGAACGCCAUUAAAUGGGACCCGUCGGGAACGCUGUUAGCAUCCUGUUCUGACGACAUGACGUUAAAGAUCUGGAGUAUGAAGCAGGAUUCAUGUGUUCACAAUCUUCAAGCUCACAAUAAAGAGAUCUACACCAUCAAAUGGAGCCCGACGGGUGUCGGCAGCAACAACCCCAAUGCCAACACCCUACUGGCAAGUGCGUCUUUUGACUCAACGGUGCGAUUAUGGGAUGUUGAGAGGGGCGUUUGCAUCCACACGCUCACCAGACACCAGGAGCCGGUCUACAGCGUCGCCUUCAGUCCUGAUGGGAAGUUCCUAGCCAGCGGAUCCUUUGAUAAAUGCGUGCACAUCUGGGACACUGUGAGCGGAGCUUUAGUGAACAGCUACAGAGGAACUGGAGGAAUAUUUGAGGUGUGCUGGAACAGUUUGGGAGAUAAAGUUGGCGCGAGUGCGUCAGAUGGAACGGUCUGUGUUGUUGAUUUACGGAAGUAACACUUGAUGAAUCUGAGGGUGGAUGCAGGAUCUCUGCAGCUGCUGCUGGCCGUCCUGCAUGGAGGCAGGCCGUUGGGACCUGCGCCCUUACCAAGAAAUCAAAUCCAGUUAUUUAAGAUGGUCCGAACGAGACCGCUUGUGCUGUUGGCGAUGUCCGUUCCAUGCACUAGAUGGACAGCGAGGAGGCUCGAGAGCCAAAAGCCAGAUAUGUUCAAGAGUUUUUGUUUUUUUUACUCGUUUGUAAUCCAAUGUUGUUGGACAGAACUGGCGUUGGGUCAUUUUGGGCACGGUUUCCUGGAGAACAAUCUUUGGAAGUCACUUUUAGUCAAUGCAAGGCUUAAUAUGUGCCCUCUUAAACGGCCCAUCGUGUGAAUCUCACCUCGAUGAAGAACAUUAAAUAUUUGUCGGUGUCAUCACCGGACCGGAACGACUUUUGAGUGUUUUCCAUCUUAACUGUAUAAUAUUGAGGUGACUGAAGAAGUCGACUGCAGAGGAGGUUAUUUUAUUAAAAUGUUUGAUUUAUGUAUUUUAUUAAGUGUAUUAUCUCCUCCACUGGAUGUACAUUUAAUGAAUGUAAAGUUGUAAAUUAGAUCACCACACUGAUUUUUAUUAACUGUGUUAAUAUGUUUAUAAACAUAAAAUCAGCUUUCUUCAGAAGCUACAGAUGUGCGCCUCAAAAUCUGUUGUUUUGUAAGUAGU